AGGAAUGCGGCGGCCCUCGUGGAACAAAUCUCAGGCGAUCCAGCAGGUUAUUUCUCUUAAAGCAUUGCUUGAGCCUUGUGACGAUUCCGGCGCCGGUGCUCUUCGGAAGGUCGUCGUUUCGCCUCGGGUGAAUUCAAAUCAAGGCGAUUCACCCAAAGAACCAAGUGACGAUGCUCAGUUUACGAUGUCAGUUGAUGAAUCUGCUUAUAGCAAUGUGGAGACUGCAAAAUCUACUCCAGAGGAUCCACCAGUUGAACCAGACAACAAAGUCACCAGUCCCAGAGAUCAAUGCGAAACAAAUGGACGAGAUGGGCAAAUGACAAUUUUCUAUUGUGGCAAGGUGAACGUGUAUGAUGGAGUCUCACCAGAUAAGUCAUCUAUGGAUUUGCAGGCAUUGGCAAUCAUGCAUCUUGCAGCAAGUCCAAUGCCUUUCCCUCAGAAUCAUCCAUUGGGUGGAACUGCUGCAUGUCAGUCUCCACCAUGUCUUUUACAGACUGCCAAUGAGAGAGAUGACUUUUUUCCUCCUAGUGCCUCUAUCUAUCGAAAUGUGCACACAGGUGAGAAGAUGGUAGAGUACCCUCAGCAGCAGCAUGUAAAAGGAAACAGUACUCGAGAUUCUGAUGUUGAGGGUCAGGCGAGUCGGAAAGUUUCAUUACAGAGAUAUCUUGAAAAGCGAAAAGACAGGGGAAGGUUAAAGAACAAGAAAAAUACAGGAUUGCCUUCUUCUAGCCUGGAGGGGUAUAUGAACCAUCAAAUGAGGACGCACAUAUCCAAUAAGAAUUUAGGUCAGAGUGUGACAAGCUCUUUAUCCCCAACUGGAGUAGCAAAAGCCUUCGUUGGAACAGCCGACAAUCAGUCAAAAUUUGCAUGUUUUCCUGUCGACCUUAAUGUUAAAGACGUCCAGGAGUGCUGAGUUUGACGACAUCGAUGAUGUCAUGCUACUUCACAAAAUCAUCCUCGUGAUUAACAAGAACUAGAGAGAAAGAAGAGCGGAACAAAGUCGUGAAAUGGUUGCUCGUUGCAUGAUUUGACUGCGUUUAAGGGGGAGUGUUAUGUAUGCCUUCCCCAACCGAACCGGUCAUAUUUUGGAGAUCUUGCAGGGAGAGGUGUCUAUAUCAAGAGUAUCUCAUUCAGCUGAUCAAUUUUGUAACUUGGACACGGUAUCGCGACCGUUGCUAGGAUGGUUAGGAAUUUGUUCAUGUUUCUGCUGUCGAGGCUUAUUGAGUUGAGAUGACGAUGCAAUGUUGGAGACGUCCAGUUCUCAUGCAUUAUGUAUAAAAAUGUAUGCUGUCUUUUCUCUGCCAACACCCUCUCUCUCUGUAUACCAAAUUCAAAUCUUUCAGGCGCA